UUAAGCACACCGUUUUUUAUCUUCCACUUUCUCUUACCCGCCCCGUGACCCACUGGAACUCCGAGACGACAUCGCGCAACGAAACCAAAAAAGAAAAGGGAAGUUGGUAGCUUUCGUCCCGAAGUUUUGGGGUUCCGCUGCUGUUAAUUUCUCCAGUUUUGCUUCGACAAUGAUCCGAUUCAUACUGCUACAGAACCGGCAGGGAAAGACCCGGUUAGCCAAGUACUACGUUCCUCUCGAGGAUUCCGAGAAGCACAAGGUCGAAUACGAGGUUCAUCGUUUGGUGGUCAACAGAGAUCCCAAGUUCACAAAUUUCGUCGAGUUCCGUACACACAAGGUUAUAUACAGGAGAUAUGCAGGAUUGUUUUUCUCACUGUGUGUUGAUAUAACUGACAAUGAGCUGGCAUACUUGGAAUGCAUUCAUCUGUUCGUCGAAAUUUUGGAUCAUUUUUUCAGCAAUGUUUGUGAGCUCGAUUUGGUCUUUAACUUUCAUAAGGUCUAUCUGAUACUAGAUGAGUUCAUUCUUGCUGGAGAGCUCCAAGAAACAAGCAAGAAGGCAAUAAUAGAGAGAAUGGGGGAACUCGAAAAACUAGAGUGAAGAUUAUCAUGUGGGUGACAAGUUUUUAGGAUUGCAGUAUUGGUUCUUUGUUUCUGCGGAUCGUUUCAGUCAAUUCUUGUAUCGCCAUUCCUUGUGUGAAUUCCACUCGUGUAAUAAACCGUAAUUGAACUAGAAGGUUUCUCUUUUUCAUAUAUCCUUUGUACCCGGCUUUUCCCCCAUUUUGGCAUUUGUGUUUGAAAUGCACGUUCAUAUAAUUGAAGGCAUAUACAGGACCACUGAGUCUGUUUUUCAGUA